AUGCCUCUCAUUCCUCCAUCUAUCGCUCUCUUCUCGUUGUUCUUCCCCAUCUCCGCCACCAUCGCCGGAGGCCAGGGUUCCACCGAGGUGGAAUAUCUGCCGCCGCAGACAGCCAAGGUCUCCUUCGGCCCCAGCGUCGUCAUCGCCACCGCCGUCUUCUCUUCCAUAAUGUCCCUCACCAUCCUACUCGCAUACCUCAAGCGCCGUCGCGACCGUCGCUUCGCCCUGCAAGCUGCCGACGCCGUAGGUCAUCCCUCCUCGGGCGGCAUCAACAAGGCUGUCGUCGAGUCCCUCCCCUGCUUCCGCUUCUCCUCCCUCCGCGGCGCUCGCGACGGCCUCGAGUGCGCCGUCUGCCUCGCCAAUUUCGCAGGGGAAGAGGUGCUGCGCCUGCUCCCCCAGUGUAAGCACGCGUUCCACGUCGCUUGCAUCGACCGCUGGCUCGAGGCUAACGCCAGCUGCCCGCUCUGCCGCUGCGAAGUCAACGCCCAGGACGCCGCCCUUUUCGCCUCCUACUCCUUCAACUCCCGCUUCUUGUUCGCUCCCGAGGGAGGUGCGCGCGAUCUCGAGCUCUUCGUUGAGCGAGAACUAGCAAGCCAAGAAGCACCAGGUCUCCGCCAUUCACCGACGACACCGUCAAAUCUCUUACAUCUUCAAAAGGUCAAGCACAGGAUCGUCGUGUCCGACCUCGUGUUCAAGGGGCGAUGGAGCGCGCUGAACUCCGACGUGCUAAAUUCUUUGGCGGAAGAAAUCAAGAGCGUGGAAGAGAUGGAGGAGAAGAAUACUCUGCUCGAAAUAAAAGUAGACUGUCCAAAAAUUGACCGAUCGAUGUCAGAGAUCACGAACGUAUCGAGAUCGACGAAAGAAAUCAGAAAUCCAAGAGAAGAAGAAUAUGAGAAAUUGAGGAAGGUUUGGCUGCCGAUUGCGAGACGAACGGUGGAGUGCUUCGCCGGAGGUAGAGACGGGAAGGCUCUGUACAGUAGCAAUGAGCGGAGAGGUUUAACAUAG